ACGAACUAUACAACUUUACAGAUCAUUAAUUGUGUUUUUUCCUUCUCCUCGCAUAUCAGAUUUAUGGUGUUUUUUUUACCAUCAAACAAAAUUACUCCGUAUUUUUCCUUUUUUCUGCUUCGCCUGAUAUAUUUCUUCUUGUACCGAACCUGGAUCUGCUGAAUAUAUAUAGAGCUCCUUUCCUUGCUCGAGACAACCGGGAGUUUCCAUGGUCAGCCACCGGUUUGGCUGUAUAGGUAGAGCACAUGCACCCCCGUAUGCUCCGCCCGAAAGACGUAUUGGGGCGCUCUAGCUAAUUAGGCGUUUGAGCGGCGUCGAUUGUGCGAUUUAGUCCAUGUUUGUUUGGUACUAUACUUUUUGGGAUGUCUUCUAAGUUUACUCCCUCCGAUUCUAAAUUGUUUUCGAGAUAUUAUAUGUAUGUAGACGCUUUUUAAAAAUAAAUACAUUCAUAUUUAGGCAAAUUUGAGUCAAAAAUUCAGAAUCAGAGGGAGUAUUAUUUACUCCAAAUUGAAAAACACUAAAAACCUUAAAUGGUUGUCUGGUACGAAGAGUUUAGGGGGCGUAAGAUCCAGUGUCCUGCCAGUGGCAGGGCACGGCGUGCCCUUCUCCCCUAUAUCCACCGCUCAUUCAAAUCUGACGGUCAGCAGGGAUUCACUCCCCAUGGGAGGCACUUGUGCUGUCAAAAAACAAGGGCAGGAAACACUUCGCAAGGUUUGGCUCUGCUGCUGCCGUUGUCGAGGGAAAGGGACGGGAUGGAGCUCCGACGGCGCGCGAACGAGAGCUUCCUGAUGCCUCUAUAAAACCGUCCGUCUCGCCCUUUUUAUCCCUGUGGUUUUUCAUGGUCACAUUGGUCUGCCUCCACGACAAACCAGACACAAUGCAUCAUUGGCUACUGGACGCAGAUUGACGGUGGAUUCUAGGAGUCAGGGCACGGCGUGACCUGUCUCUGGCAGGGCACCUGAUCCCAGUCCGAGAAGCUGCGGGUUCGAUAGUAGAGGAGACCAAUCAAUCCCGCUAAUUGACUUGGCUGGGACCCACUCGCCCGACGUGCACGCCACGUCACAAUUCCCUGUUUGGAAACACCGUUUUGGCGUAUACAGACUGUGAUUAAGGAGGACAGGGCGCCAAAUUCAGGGAUUUGAAGAUCAGGGUUUGAUAUCGACGACCUCUGCAACAAGGUUUAAAAUGGACUAUUUAAGACUUCAAAUUCUGAAUACAUAUUCAAAAACUUUAUAAAAAUGAAAUAUGGAGAUGGAGAUGGUCUUACAUGCUACACAAAAUGUUCAUAUGUACCCAAUACAAAGUUAAUUUGGCUGACAGAUUGUGUUUGCACAAUCCCAGUACCUAGGUUCAAGUCCUUGUAGAGCCGAACUUGGGUUCUUAGGGCAUGACUAGUGUGGAUCGACCCUAGAUCAAAUACUAGUACCGAGUCUAUAAAACUGAAAUGUGCUGCAGUGCGGACUAAAAAACUAGUACCGGGUCUACAAAGAAGUUAAAGUCUCGCCUUAUGGAAGAAAUUGAUCUGAGUUAGAAUUCAAUCUUCAAACCCUUGAGAUCAUCACCAUGACUUUAUAAACCUCGAAGUAUCAUUGACACUAGUUAUGGAAAUCUCGUUCGGCUGUGAAAUUGCUAGAAGGAUUAACCUGGUUCAUCCCAGGCUUGCUGGUUUCCUCUAUCCGUACCCAAAACGUCCUCUUGUGUCUCCCCAGCCUUGCUGCCUGACCUCGGUCCGCGUAACCAUGACUAGAGUAGCAAGUUUCUUUUGGAACGGAACAUCCCUUGCCUUUCGGCGCGAUGGGAAAGUUGCUAUCCACACAGAACUAGAGUUGGCACCUUCACAUAUUAAAGUUGCCGUCCCCACAUAACUAAAAUUGCCACACCACGUAACUAAACGUUCACCCUCUAAUUUCCUAGCAUGCUAUAUAAUUUCAAAAUUAGAUUUUCUUUUUCUGGAUAUUUCAAAAUUAGAAUUGAUUGGGAUGAUUUGAGGGAUUGAGAGGUUAAAUUUAUUCAGGCCGUCGAUCUUAGGGUUUAAAACAUACUCUCUGCAAAAAACUAGCCCCACCGGUCAGUUCAUUUUCCACAUCCUAUUUUCCUCAUCUCAACUAUAGGUGGCUAUCAGGCCGGCCCGGCCCGGCAUAGGCCUGGGACCAACUGAAUGGGCCUAGCCCGGGCCCGGGCCCCUCAAGCCCGACAAUACAGGGGCCGGGCCGGGCCGGCACCAAAUUCUCAUCCCAAGGCCCAGGCGCGGCACCAAGCACAGUCGGGCCGCCCCGGGCCCGAAAAGCCUGACGGGCCUGGAGAAGAGCCUUUGGAAACCAGCAGCCCGAUAGCCUUAUUUUUCUUAUGCUAGCCGCAAAGAAUGGUCAAAAGGGUUUUGCGUUGUACACUAAUCCUAAAAGACAGCGUGGCUUGGUGGUCUGCAAGUGGGGGAAUUGAAGGGGAGGUCGUGAGUUCGAGUGCUAUGAGCAUCUCCAGCCGCGUCCCCCAUUUGGCGUUCAGCGCCCCCGUUUGGGGGGGCGUCGGCGGAAUUAUUUUUGGUUCCGUCGUGAUCCAGCCGCGCCCCCCCAAUACCAACUCCCCCAUUAAAUGAAGUAGGUGAAAUUUAACUAAACUCGAUGAAACUUAAUUAAACAUAAAGUUUUUAAUUACAUAAUUCUAAAAUAAAAAAAAUGGCCACACUAGUCACUGAAGUCGGCGAGGUAGACGUCGUCGGAGUCGAUGGUGAUCGGCUCCACCUUCACCUCCGGCUUCGGCCUCUUCCCCCGCCUUCUUCUCGGCCGCCUCCUUGUAGCUCCAUGCCUCGGCCUCGGCAUUCGUCAUGGCAGGAACUCUUAGGGGUCGCCGUCCUAGCACCAUUCGAGCGUCACGCGGCUGUAAUCCAGCUCUGGCGCCCACUCCGGCUCCGGCUUUGGCUGGACGAGGCGGAGAUGGCCGCGAGGCGGCUCCGGCACCCGUCGGCAGGAGGACGACCCCGGCUUGUCCUUGAUGCGCAACGCCGGCGAGGAGGUGCUGCGGGACGAGCCGGAGUUGGUUGGCCCGUCGGCGGCUAACUUUUUGGGCCGUGCUGGCUAAAAAAACAAAUUAGAAAGACCGGCUGGGUCGAAAUUUUCGCGCCAGCGCCCAAGCCCGUUUAGGGGGGGGCUGAAGUUGCUCUAAGGCCGGCCAUUUUUAUUCCUAGUGUUGUGAAGGGGGUAGAGUAUUCAUUUCUUUAAAAAAAAUACUAAUCAGGCUGUGCCGGGCCGGCCCGUCGGGCCUGAGGAUGAGGCGCGGGCACAGCAUAGGCCGUGCUUCAGGCCGGGCCGGCCCGUUUAACUUGGUGCCGGGUCAGGCACAGACAGGCCAGCCUCGCCGGGCUUUCGGCCUUUUCCGAAAAGCCCGGCCGGAUAGCCACCUAGCCUCAACCAGUUAACUGCUUCUUCCUCGUCCUUUUCCCGAUUUCUUCCCGAUGGCUUCUCUCUGUACUACGAUUCGCUCCAUCUACUCCACCUCCAUCUCAACUGCUUCUUCCACCCAUACCUGAUUUCUUCCCGAUGGCUCUCUCUGCAGCUCUCGCUUCUCGGAGGCUGCGCGUGGUGCCGUGUGGCGGAGCCAAUGGCAGCAGGCACCACUUUCCCCACCGCUUCCUCCAAGAUUACCCACCGCCAUCGGACGGACCCCCGCCGAGCCUCCUCGACGGGCCCGCGCGCCCGAUGCCCUCUCCGGCGAGCUCCCAGACUAGAUAACCCAAAUCACGAGGCGCUGUCCGGCUGCCGCGCAGUCUGAUGUCGGGGGAGAUCGGGGAGAAGAGCAGGAGAUCCGAGACGAGGAGAAGGUUGUGGCCGAGCGCCUCGAGCUUGGGCUCCACUAGAAGUCAACUUGGGCCUGGAGCCGAUCCAUCUGCUUCAGCCGGGUCUUCAAAAAAAUUCUUAGCACCGGUAUGCUCCAAAGGCAGAGCAAAGUCGACAUGGGAGUUAUUGCGAGCACCACCACGGGGAUCAAUAGCCCAAGAUCCCAGUUCAUCCGCAUUGAAGCACUGGUUCUCAUCGGCAUUGUUGUCUUGUUCCUCCUCCUUGUACUCGGCUCGUACCGUCGGCAGUGCAGCCAUGAGGCAGUCAAGAUCAUUGUUUGGGGAGCCUACACGGUCUCGUACACCUUGGUGAGCUACACCAUGGGAUUGAUGCAGUCUUACCACGUGGGCAGUAGCUUAUUCGCGGUGUGGGCCGUUUGCUUGAUGCUGAUCCUAGGAAAUGUUGACUCCCUCUCAGCCUAUAGCUUGCAUGAUAAUGAUAACUGGAAGAGGAUAUACAUCCAGCAGCUUGUCCAGUUCUUCUGGGUUGGUUGGCUAGUAGGUGCAUACGGGGAGCGCGAUUUAUCUAUCCAACUGUGGUUCUUAAUCAUAAUUUCUAUGUACACUACUUCAACGCUAAUGAAGUCCUUUCGAUCAGCAAGCAAAUCUUACCAUCUUCCUGACCACACAAAAUGGGUAGCAGACUACAUGAGGUAUGAGCACGAGCUGGAAAACACUGUUGUGCCAAACCCCAUACACAUGCACGGGUACAGUUAUAUAGUUACUGGAGAACAUGUUGGGACAAUAUGCCAGCCGCCAGACUACUUGUUCAGAUUCAAGCCUGAUGAGACCAAGUUAAUCACAGUGGAACAGAUCUGGAAAUGCAACGCGAAGCUGCUACAUCACCAGUAUCGAGAGAGCUCAAGACUAAAAGACAUUUGCCUCUCCAUGGCCCUGUCCAAGAUGCUCAAGCGUAGGUUCGCUGGCUUUGAUCUCGCGGAAUCAAAGCUUCAGAAGACACAUGAUUUCGUGUUCAAACACUACUUUACAGUGAUAACACUUAUGAGCGAGCCUUCAGGGUCAUUGAGGUGGAACUAGGAUUUGUGCAUGACUUCUUCUACACAAAGUACUAUGUAUUGUUUGCUAGCCACGACGAGCGCUCUUCUGCCAUCAUUUUACCUGUAUUGUCAUUACCGUUUUGCCUGUGGCUGGCAUAUAUGCUUUUCCAGCGUUUCCGAGCACCUCAAGACGAAAUAACAGUCGGCAGGAGCAGCACAAGAAACUACGAUGCUUUGGUAACCAUGAUAAUAGUGCUUGGAAUUGCAAUGCUGCAGCUAUUGCAGCUCUACUUUUACAUUGCUUCAGAUUGGUUCAAGGUGUACUUGAUUUCCAAGUAUGUGACGAUGCCUAGAUGGCAGAGCAAUGAAAAGAUUCAGAAGAUAAUUGCAUUCAUCGUGAGUUGGAAGUCUUUUCGCCACUGGGAGAAUAAGGUUGGGCAGUACUCUUUACUGCACACAUUCAGUUGUACGCGAAGAAAAUGGAAUGCUCUCUGCCGUCGGACAGCCGGCCUUGUUGAAGAGACCAGAAAAGGCCGUGCAAAGAAGGCCAUUGAAAAUCUGCCCAAUGAGCUAAAGCAAGCAGUGAUAAACUCGUUGGUCAGAAGUUCUGGACGGCUGACGAAUGGGGCCACAUCGCUGAGAGCCAAUCGAGCUGAGCAAUUCCUGUGGGCAUGUACUGGUCUUCCAACCGUGACCCACACCAUAUUGAUCUGGCACAUUGCUACAACUCUCUGUGAUGAGGCACUGGAUGCAGGAGUAGGACUCGGAGACCAACUCCCCAAUGAACGUGGAGACGGCAGGGGGAUGAGAUCCCACGCCUCGGUCGCUUCCACCUUGUCAAAAUAUUGCGCAUACUUGGUAGCAUUUGCGCCAAAGCUGCUGCCAGAUCACAGCUAUGAUUCCACAGUUAUAUUUGACGCACUGGUUGAUGAAGCCAGUGUGCUGCUUGCAGGUGAUGUGUCAAUGCAGCAGCGGUACCGCACUUUGAUGUCCUUGGAUGCUGGCCUGGAAGACAAAAGCCUCAUCGUGAUUGGCGCUCAGCUAGGGAGGCAGCUGAUGGAGUUGGUCACUGAACCGGCGCUGCAAUGGAAGAUACUUUCAGAGUUCUGGGCAGAGAUGAUGCUAUACAUCACGCCAUCAAGCGAUGCCACCGCACACCUGGAGACGCUGACAAGGGGAGGAGAGUUCAUCACGCACCUGUGGACUCUUCUUACGCAUGCUGGAAUACUGGAUCGAGAAGACUCUUACGGGACACCUUGAAUUCAAAUGCUUUGAGGCCGCCCACUGGAUCUCCUUUCAUUCGAGAAAUUAAAAUCGCAUUUGAUGUUUUAUAUAUUUCUGAACUUCCGCUGUUGGUACACGUAUUUCAUAUGUAUGAUCGAUAUAACAAACUCUGUUGUGGUCUUUAUUUUGUGAAGGAUGGUAUGUACCGUAUAUAUAUUAGCUAAUGCAAUCAUGUCCAAGUUAUGUAAUUUUGUACUGCCAGCUAGGAUGGCUAGAACAAUGUGAUUAAUUGAUGUUUCUCAUCACAAACUAAA